AUGGCGGACGUAGAAGAAAACCCUAAUCUGAUCUACCUACAUCCCAAUCUACUCGAAGACAUCUUCCUUGAACUGCCGCUGAAAUCAAUCCUCAAAUUCAAAGCCGUCUCGAAACAAUGGAGGUCGAUUCUGGAGUCUAGGAGCUUCGCGGAUACGCGUAUGAAACUUGAGAAGCAGAAGAAGCCGAAACUCCUCGCCGUCGAAAACCGCCGCUCCAAUCCGCCAUUCGAAGUCGUCGCAGUUUAUGUAGACCGAAAACCGCCGCUCCAAUCCGCCAUUCGAAGUCGACGCAGAGGAGGAGAUCGAGAUGGCUCCGUCAACAUUCUGAACCCUGCCACCGGAGAAUCCGUUAGUUUCCCUUCCGGCCCAGAGCCAGUCAACGAACGCUACCGUUCCGCUCUUUUCCAUGAUAAAUGGUGUGUCAACUUCCCUGGGUUUUGGGCGAUGGGAUUCGGUAGGGACGUUGUCAACGGGAGCUACAAAGUUUCGAGGAUGUGCUUCGAGCCGUCCCAUCUCUGCGAGAUUCUUGAUGUGAGCGUUGGGGAGUGGCGGAGAGUGAAUCCUCCUCCGUGCAAAGUGGAACCGAGAAGGAAGGGCUCACUCUACUGGAUAGAGAUGAGGUGUAGUGACAGUGUCCUCGCGUUGGAUCUCCACACGGAGGAGUUUCGACUUGUCCCGUAUCCACCAACUAGAUCGGAAGCAAAUCAGCUGGUGAACCUUGAAGACCGUCUAGCGUUAGCCAUACCGUAUACAAAGCCUGAAUGGAAGUUUGAUGUUUGGGUCAUGGACGAGCAAGAGGAGACGUGGAGCUUGGCUUACUCCAUUCGAUUAGCUGGUAGUGGAGUUUUUUCUUAUGUACGGCGGGAUGUUUGGUUCAGGCCUGUUGCAGUUACUAAGGGAGGGAAUGUGUUCUUCCACGACAAUGAAAAAAGAUUGUUUAGGUAUGAUACCGAGACUGACCAAGCUAGGUGCAUCGCUACAGAGAUCUCUGUUGUGUCUGGUUUUGUUGAGAAUGUGGUCUCGCUUCGUCCGUCUGCUGGUUCAGAGACGUCAGAGUACAGCUGUGGGUUUCAGUAUCAAGACCUGUUCCGCAGACAAGAAUCUGAGAGAGCCCAUAAGUUUAGUUGGAUCAAAUCCCGAAUCCCAGAUAUUUUGCUUACCACCGGCGCCGGCGUAGUCUCUCUAUUCAUGUUCCACUAUUUUGCUGUUUCUUCUAGGAGAAACAAAAACAACAUUAGUUUAACCCAGACCCGAAAAGCGGAAAUACCCGUAACCGAUUGGUUUAUUGUAUUUGGGAGGUGA